CACCAUUUGGUGGCUCGCUGUGUGUGGAGUGAGACGUGUGGUCCCGGCCCGUGAUAGUGCGACAGUGGAAGUCGUCAUGACGAGAGUCAACCUCUGAUCCCUAAACAAUUUCUUUUCCUCCUCUUCUGUGUCCAGUGUCUGUGAGGUGUGGUGAUAGCUUGUCCUACCGGCACCAUGGUUGAAAACAGAGCUAACUGCUCUCCCCGCUGGGGAAUGCGUUUAUUAGGUCUGAGUGUUUUAGUGCUUACCCUUUGCAGUCCGGUCUCUGCUACUGAAGGUAACGAAACUGACGACAUCUUUGGAAAAUGUAUUGAUGGUCUCUUAGUCCCGCUAUGGUCACCACAAGAAAAUCUAACUACUGGAGACCGCGUGGCUCGAGCUAUCGUCUACUUCGUGGCCAUGGUGUGGCUUUUUAUUGGUGUGUCCAUCAUAGCUGAUCGUUUCAUGGGUUCCAUUGAAAUGAUCACUUCACAAGAGAAGGAAGUUACCGUGAAAAAACCAAAUGGUGAGACGCAGAUCAUCGUAGUACAAGUAUGGAACGAAACUGUAGCCAACCUCACCCUCAUGGCUCUGGGUUCCUCGGCUCCCGAAAUUUUGCUGUCUGUUGUUGAAAUGUUCGCCAGGAAUUUCGAAGCUGGAGACCUCGGUCCCGGAACCAUUGUCGGUUCCGCUGCCUUUAAUCUGUUUGUCAUCAUCGGUAUUUGCGUUUAUGUGAUUCCUGAUGGAGAGGUGAGACACAUCAAGCAUCUUCGAGUGUUCUUCGUUACAGCCUUCUUCUCCAUAUUUGCUUAUAUCUGGCUAUAUUUAAUUCUUGCUGAAAUCUCAUACGGUAUUGUGGAGUUCUGGGAAGCUUUUCUGACUUUCCUUUUCUUCCCCAUUACUGUUAUUCUUGCUUACAUCGCUGAUCGUCGUCUUCUGUUCUACAAAUAUCUGACAAAAGAAUACCGUAUGGGAAAGCGUGGAGUUAUUAUCGAAGUAGAAGGCGCUGAUGUCGAGUUAGGCAAGAAGGAUGAAGGAGGGCCACUUUAUGACGAAAAUGUGGACGAGUCUGUUAGGGAAUUUGAGGAACAUCGAAAAGAAUAUAUGGCAGUCAUCCGUGAGCUUCGUCAAAAACAUCCUAACAUCGCCAUGGAAAACCUAGAAUCUAUGGCCCGCGAAGAAAUUAUUAACCGAGGUCCCAAGUCUCGCGCCUUCUACCGUAUUCAGGCCACAAGGAAGCUGACCGGCGGAGGUAACAUCAUGAAGAAAGCAAGGGAGGAAGUUAAGGUGGAAAAGGAGGAUGAGUUUGUAGACAAGAAAGAUGAAGACAUUAUCCGCAUUUUCUUCGAUCCUGGCCAUUACACUGUAAUGGAAAACGUGGGUACCUUCGAAGUGACAGUUGUCCGAGAAGGAGGAGACCUCAAUACCACCGUUCUUGUUGACUACAAAACUGAAGAUGGCACUGCAAAUGCUGGUGGCGAUUACGUAGCUGCUGAUGGUACGCUGGUCUUCUUGCCUGGCGAAACCCAGAAGAACUUUAGCCUUGAAGUUAUUGAUGACGAAGUCUUCGAGGAGGAUGAACACUUCUACAUUCGACUCUCUAACAUGCGCCUGGGUUCUCCUGACGGUACUGCUGUGACCCACGCCAUCAAUGGUGCUGCUGGCCAACCCAAAGAACCCGUCAAGAUGGAACUGGCAGCUCCAUAUGUUGCUACUAUUAUGAUCCUCGACGAUGAUCACGGUGGCAUCUUCAACGUCAGCGAGAAAGACGUAGAAAUUGUGGAGACCAUUGGUACAUACGAACUGAAGAUUGUGCGUUGGUCUGGUGCCCGAGGCCGAGUAACUGUGCCUUACAAGACUGAGGACGGUACAGCCAAGGCCGGAAAGGACUACGAGGCAACGGAAGGCGAACUUGUCUUUGAAAACAACGAAACUGAGAAAACAGUAUCGAUCAAGAUCAUAGAGGAGGACAGCUACGAGAAGGACGUGCUGUUUUAUCUGGACAUCGGCGAGCCUGUGUCUAGUGGAGAACCUCCAGUGAAACUGAUCAGAAAGAAAAGAUUACGGAAAGACGACGACGAACUAGGAUUCGAAUUUGCCAACAAGGACUCAGAACUGUCCGAGGAGGAGAAGAUCGCGCUCUUGGGCAAACCCAAGCUCGGCAACGCUACCCGUACCCAGAUAAGAAUAAAGGAGAACAAGGAAUACCGGAACAUGGUUGAUAAGCUGGUGAAGAAGGCCAACGCCUCCAUGCUUGUCGGGUCUUCCUCCUGGAAGGAGCAGUUCACUGAAGCCAUCACCGUCCAGGCUGGCGAAGAAGGGGAUGAUGAAGAUGAAGAAGGAGGAGAGGAGAAGCUACCUUCCUGCAUGGACUACGUCAUGCACUUCAUAACAGUCUUCUGGAAGGUGCUCUUUGCCUUUGUCCCGCCCACUGAGUACCUCUACGGCUGGCUCACUUUCUGGGUCUCAAUAUUACUUAUUGGCGUUGUCACCGCCUUCAUCGGUGACGUCGCCUCACACCUGGGUUGUACUAUUGGUUUAAAGGAUUCCGUGACCGCCAUAGCGAUUGUUGCCUUGGGAACAAGCGUGCCAGAUACCUUCGCCUCCAAAGUGGCUGCCCAACAGGACCCCUACGCUGACGCCUCAGUGGGCAAUGUUACCGGCUCCAACGCUGUCAACGUCUUCCUGGGUAUUGGUAUUGCGUGGACCAUGGCUGCCAUAUUCCACAACGUUAAGGGCAAUGACUUCCAUGUUCUUCCUGGCAACCUGGCUUUCUCCGUGACGUUGUUCUGCGUGGAGGCGCUGGUGGCCAUCGCCCUGAUGAUGGCUCGGCGACACAGGAGCAUUGGCGGUGAACUGGGCGGUCCCAAGAUAUCCAAGAUAGCUACAACAGUAUUCCUCAUAUUCCUCUGGAUAUUCUACGUUCUCAUUUCAACCCUCGAGGCUUACAAAAUCAUCCCCUCCCUCGCAGAUUAAAUGUCCAGUCGUGACUUUAGGUUGUAAUUAUGCCGCGGUAACAGGGCGACCCACAGAGGCGUUUGGAUUCCGCGUCGAAUCGCAGCCUGAAGCUUUGAACCCUUGUUUGUUGUGAGGCGGCGAUGGAUGAAGAGCCUUGCCACUCACCGCCAGGCGUCCAGUACCCCCCUCCCAUGAACGUGUGAGUGACUGUGACGUCGUCCACUACCACCACUACCAUCGCUGCUACCACCAGAAUCACUCCAGGCCACCAUCGUUAGCAACCCGGCCGUCACGUCUCUUGGUCGGUUGGCACGGAAGCUCCCAGAGCUCCAUAAGGACGCCUGGCAUUUUGUGAGAGUGACUCACGAGCAUUCCUCACAUAGAAGAUGCUACACCUUUGUUUCAUCUUUGCACAAACUACAAUUUUGUCAUGGUGAUGCUCGUGUUACUACGAUGUUUGACCACAUUCGUAGCUUGUAUUGUGACGGCGGCGUCUUUAGCCAAAAAUGGCUUUAUGUCAGGAUAUUCUGGAGGUGCCACAUCUGUGGCUACUGUUAGCUAAAGACACGCCUGGCUACGUGUCCUCAUUUCCCGCAGGCUCGUAACUCCUCCAUAUCUCCCGCAAAACCUGACUGCGCCUACAAUAUUUUGUUAGUCAUACAACAAAGUCCACCCUCAUUCCUUGUAUGUUUAUUUUUAAGUGUUUUGUUUCAGCAGAACGUGGAUUUUGUUUUCGUGAUUGUACUGUGUGCCAUCACCACCUCAUCCUUGCCACAGUGGUUGUGCUCUUGUGUUCCAUGAAAACGUUGUAAUCUGUGGCACUGUGGUAAAGUAGCGUGCCAGCGACACUUCACACACGAACGUGGUGGUAUAAUAUGCCAUUACCACCUCAUUCUCACGACCGUGGGUAUACUACCCAUGGGUAUACUACCCGUAGGUGUACUACCCUUGAAUAUACUGCGUGCCGCCACCUCGCCCCUGCCAACGUGGCAGUGGCUUCUGCCAUCGCCGGCACUACCACCUCAUCCUGACCACUGUGGUUGAUGUGCGUUCCACCACCUCAUCCCUUCCACAAAGGGCCCUUAGUCAGUUUCUAGUCAAGAAUAUAUGGAGUACAAUAAGGCUAGUCAAUGGUUUGCCUAAUUGAUGUAGAAUCAAAAGUCGGAAUAGCUAAACCAUUCAGAUGAGUGCCUUCAAUGUCGACAUAUUUAUAGAGAAUUUAUCAUUUAGUCUUGCUUUUGUCACUAGUUCUACUUUGAUUCACAGUUGGAUGCCAAGACUUCAAGAUAUCCUAGCUAGAUUCGACUCUCAUUUUGUAAUGAAAAGUGUUUCAUGAGGAGUUGUUCCCACCAAUCAUCCGUCAUCACAUUUGUUAUACAUCAUCUCUCAUCAUCAAUCUGUGAGAGGCAUGUUAUCUCCUUCAUCAGUCUCUGUACCAUGUAAGAGAUGAACUUAAUGUUCAUUGGGAGUGUUGACGUUUUUUGUUCAAUAGACAUAUUUUAUAAAUGUUACACUAUUGUUAAGGACUACAGUGAAAAACAUCAACGUCAUGGGUAUGAGUCUUUGAUUUUUUUUUUGUGGGUGAUUAUUUUUCUUCAUUUAAAAAGAGUCUUGAAGUACAUGUACAUAAUCUAAAUUUGCACUGUACAUAGGUAGCUGUAUAAUACCUUCGAUAUCAGCCGUAGUUAAUUUUAUACUCGAUAGCCGGGCUCAUUCAAAUGUUUGCAGCGUUGAAGAAACACACACAGGCAACCUUAAACGAUGAGAACAUUGUUGGGGGAUAUAGUUGUAGGUUGUCUACUGUUGCUGUAGCAGUUACCCUCCGUGGAGGCUCCACUCAUCAAACAAUGCUCUCAAGAUUUUAAUGCCAUUGGCGGACUCUAAAGCGGCUUUGCCACAAACUCAGGAUCUAGCAUACUUAUGAAUAUUUUUUUUUUUUUUUAAUAUUUUUUAAAUGCAUUUCUAAACACCUCUCUUAUGAAUGUAAGCUCGAUUGAAUACUUAAGACCUUCACUCAGUAGCCUGCCAGAUGGAUUUUAAAACAAGUUAUUUUUAUGUGAUGGCUGGGGGAAAUAAAAAUACCAGUCACCUCUGCAAUGACUUCCAGCAUGUUUGCUGUCAGCUGCUCAUAUGGGAACUUUUAAUACACACGCUUCUCAAUCAUUGGCAUCUAUAAAAUAUCUUUACAUUUUUCUCUUUUUAAAUGCCAGCCUUAUAAGAAGGGAAGUUUUUAAGUAUUGAGUAGCAAUAAUAUUCUAUAUCACUGAGAGAAUUUUGUAAAUACUGAUCAAAACUGUAAGGUCAACAGAAGUCUGGUUAACUAGACAUUUCAGAGAAUGGGAUAGUUACAGGGGACCCUUAUAUAAAAUGCUGCUAACUUAUCCCGUGUUUUCUGUAGGCUGCUCACACGGGCUCUUUUUCUCUCUCAAACAAAAAUAGUGUAUCCUCAUUUUUUGUUGGAUCUUCUGGAAACAAGUUUAAAAAUGUCUCGUCUAUGUAUUCUCCUGCGUUUUCUUAAAGUUAGCAAUAAAAGGGUAUAACAAACGAA